AUGGCUUCAGAAUUCGGAGGUUCUCAGCCAAAGAGAGAACCGACACCUACUCUUCCGCUAUCGUCGAUUCCUCAAAAGCGCGCUCUCGAAGAAGGCCGUCACAGUCCCGUCGUCCCCUCGCCCUUGAAUCCCGAAGUCAAACCUUCCGAAUCCCUGGCACCCGAAGAUGCCGCCCAAGCUGCUCGUUCCAAGUCGGUGCGCACCAAGAAGGACACACUUAAAAAACGCGAAUCCAAAGGCGGUGAUAGUGCUCGUGCGACUCCCGACCCGAAGCCAAGGGUGAAGCAACAAAAGAAGCAGAGCGAAUCAAGUCCGUUACGUUAUAAGCUCGCGCCUCCUAAACUGUCCGACUUUGACCCCCCUCGAGGUCCUGUCAUGACGGCGCAUCAUGAGACGACAAUACAUGAUGGUCGAACAGUAGAAUUCUUUGAGACAUCGGAUCAUGUCUCCAACAAGAAGAGCUUCCGAUAUACACACUGCAUCGCCGACCCUCUUUUCCCUUCCAUGAUCUAUUAUCGAGGUACAGAGCCAGAGCCUUAUGGUCCCCACAUGAGCUUCGAGGAUUCGGCGGGGCAUGUCUACUUCGACAAGUCAGCCCGCCAAGUUACGACCGACAAAGGAUUCCGCAUGGCACGAGCGAAUGUUGCUGUAAGGGAAGGCAGAUGGUAUUGGGAAUGCAAGAUCACAAGAGGAGUUCGGCCACCCAAGGAUGGCGAGUCUAAACCUGAAGGCGGACAACAUGUGCGCAUGGGCUGGGCGAGACGAGAAGCAUCACUUGAUGCCCCAGUAGGGUUUGACGCCUACAGUUAUGGCAUUCGCGAUGUUGCUGGCGAAAAGGUGCAUAUGUCACGACCUAAGGAAUUUUUCCCUGCAGGAGAAGGUAUUCGAGAAGGCGACGUCAUCGGCCUCGAAAUUCAACUACCGUCAGAACAUUUACACCACAAGAUCAUGACUGGGCAGUAUAACCCAGUAGUUGACCAAACCGACGAGGAACCUCCACCUACAGCGGAAGGGCGCAACAUUGUCCGCGAUCGCGUUCCUAUUCGCUUCAAGGCACAUACGUAUUUUGAAAGGAUCGAGUAUCAUCCAGUCAAGGAGCUGGAGGACCUCAUGAACCCGACUGGGUUGGGUAGCGGCCCUUCUGAAGCUCCUGGUCCUAACCAUCCAAGCCCAAGCCUACGUACUCUCCCCAAUUCUUGCAUCCGCGUAUACAAGAAUGGCGUUCUCAUGGGAGUUCCUUUUGAGAAUUUACUGGGGUUCCUUCCACCAUCUUCUCGCCCUCAAACCCAGGUCGGCGCCCGCGAAGGUCUCGACGACGGCAUGCUCGGAUACUACCCUGCGGUCAGUGUCUUCCGUGGAGGCGCUGUGGAGGUCAAUUUCGGCCCCGACUUCUGGUACCCUCCUCCCGCCGAGCCCGCCGCCGACGAUGGCCCGGAUGCAACCAGAUCCGGCCAUGCUCAGCUGAACCAGGUUCAUGCUAUAAGCGAGCGCUGUUAUGACCAGAUUGCUGAGGACAUCGUCUAUGACAUUAUCGACGAGGUUGACUUCUGGUCGCAAGACGGCGGUGGCGCCACAGAUCGUCAAGGCGUGAGUGACAAGAGCGAGGCUGUUGCCAUGGCCCCUGGGCGAGAAGAGAUAAAGGAACUGGUUCAAGAUGAUUAA